AACCCGCGCAAGCCUAGUAACGCCGCCAUAUCCCGUUUCAACCACAGUCCCUUCAAGCCCGCCAAGCUGUGUACCGCCAACAUCCGAGCGCGCUCACCUAAACAUUGCGUUCAAAUAAACCCCGCGGUAUGUCCAUCUGAAUCUUUCGCGAUACACACUCACGGACAUCGCGUCGUACUACAGUGAGACCAGUGAAGAGCCCCACAAUUAUGUAAAAUUUAUGGACUGAGGAGGUAACAAUUCGCGCGAUACGUAAAAUGGCUUUGAUUUUCGCGUUUCGCGUCGCGUUGUGUGUCAGUGCUUCGGUAUGUGCAUACUCAUGGCCUAGUGAAGAGACAACAACCAAAUAUCCCCAGUACAAAGACUAUCAUUCAGAUCCCUUGGUGGUGGAAACAACAAGUGGCUUAGUUCGCGGCUGGUCUAAGACUGUUUUAGGGAGGGAAGUUCACGUUUUCACGGGUAUACCCUUCGCGAAACCCCCUAUAGAGCAGCUGAGGUUCCGUAAGCCUGUACCAAUUGACCCUUGGCAUGGCAUACUCAACGCUACCAAACUGCCCAACUCUUGCUAUCAAGAGCGAUACGAAUAUUUCCCUGGGUUUGAAGGAGAAGAGAUGUGGAAUCCAAACACGAACAUAUCUGAAGACUGUCUCUACUUGAACAUCUGGGUACCACAGAGACUGCGCAUAAGACACCACGCAGACAAACCACCGCAAGAGCGUCCCAAGGUCCCUGUUCUUAUCUGGAUCUACGGUGGGGGUUAUAUGAGUGGUACUUCAACCCUUGAGAUCUACGAUGCCGAUAUCAUAGCAGCAACAAGUGAUGUUAUCGUAGCUUCCAUGCAGUACAGGGUGGGCGCUUUUGGUUUCCUCUACCUGAAUAAAUACUUCUCGUCUGGCAGCGAAGAGACACCUGGAAACAUGGGGCUUUGGGACCAAGCAGAAGCUAUACGCUGGAUCAAGCAGAACGCCGUUGCUUUCGGCGGGGAUCCAGACUUGAUCACUUUGUUCGGGGAGUCGGCAGGGGGUGGCUCUGUGAGCAUACACCUUCUCAGUCCUGUCACCAAGGGACUGGUGAGAAGAGGGAUACUCCAGUCGGGAACCAUGAACGCUCCCUGGAGUUACAUGACCGGGGAGAGGGCUGAGCAGAUAGGGCGCAUCCUUGUGCAAGAUUGCGGUUGUAACGUUUCGCUCCUGGAAACUCACCCCCAUCAGGUUCUCGAUUGCAUGAGGGCGGUCGAUGCCAAGACUAUAUCGUUGCAGCAGUGGAACUCUUAUUCUGGCAUACUCGGGUUUUCUUCCACGCCGACCAUUGAGGGAGUGUUUCUGCCGAAGCACCCUAUGGAUAUGUUGGCAGAGGGUGAAGGUUACGAGGAUAUGGAGAUCCUGCUCGGAAGUAAUCACGAUGAAGGCACCUACUUCUUGCUCUACGACUUCAUCGAUUACUUCGAGAAGGAUGGACCGAGUUUCCUUCAGCGCGACAAGUUCCACGACAUCAUCGACACCAUCUUCAAGAACAUGACGCACCUGGAGAGGGACGCCAUCAAAUUUCAGUACACUGACUGGGAGCAUGUGAAUGAUGGCUAUCUGAACCAAAAAAUGGUUGGUGAUGUUGUAGGGGAUUAUUUCUUCGUUUGUCCAACCAACGAUUUCGCAGAACUUGCCGCUGAAAAAGGAAUGAAGGUUUACUACUACUUCUUCACUCAUCGUACAAGCACCUCGUUAUGGGGAGAGUGGAUGGGCGUGAUGCACGGAGACGAGAUCGAGUACGUGUUUGGACAUCCGCUUAACAUGUCACUUCAGUUCAACUCGAGGGAGAGGGAGCUCAGCCUGAAAAUCAUGCAGGCGUUUGCGAGGUUCGCAGCCACUGGGAAACCGGUGACAGACGACGUGAAUUGGCCGCUGUACACAAAGGACCAACCUCAGUAUUUCAUUUUCAACGCAGAGAAGAACGGCAUCGGGAGGGGACCAAGGGCGACCGGCUGUGCGUUCUGGAAUAAUUUCUUCCCCAGGCUCAGGGAUAAUCCAGAUUCAGCGGAGGCCCCUUGCGUCAACACAUACUUAAGCAAGAUAGGAUCGUCGGCCACAAGAAUAGAUCAACCGUUCUUCUCAAUUAUGCUACGCCAUGCUGCCAUCUUGAUAACGGCUGUCUAUCACGUGAUGUAGAUAAGGAUUCGGAUAUUCCGAAGGAUGUAAGCAAACUACGUUUUAACACAUCUUAUGCAAGAUGUACCCACUUAGGUGAAAUACAUUGCAAGCUUUAAAACGAUGACCUAAAUUUAGACUAGAUCUUUUAGAAGUUAGGUCAUGAAAUUGUAUUGCGUCUGAAUCAGGAUGGUGGAAAAAUACAGUGGUUGGUGCUGAAAUUUUCGAAGAAACUGCGUAGUAUACUUGGAUGAGAUUGAAAAAAGUAUAUCGAAUAGAGGAACAAGUAAAAUUGAUCUGAAAUCAGAUUUAAGUAGUUGGGAGAUUUUUCGAUAAAUGUGGCAAUGCUGGUCAUUAUGCCUAUGUUACCUGAUGUUGAGUGUUGAAUGUAUGUUAAAUUUUGAUGUAUCGUGCUUCUUGUACGGUUAUUCGUUGCUUCGUCCUUAUUUCAUACUCCCAGCUAUUAUCGUUCAAAAAAUUGUGGAAAUUCUGUGAAUUAAAUUGAAAAAAAAAUAAAAAAAAAAAACUCUAAAUUGAUGUAUUAGAGCUAUUCAUGUUCAUUGAUUCAUCUCAUCCAUAAAAAUCGAUUGGCCGUGUCAAUUUGGCAUUGCUCUUUUUUUACUAACCUAAUUAUAAGUUUCUAGUCUAGAACUUUUUCGAAAAUUUCUUCGUCGAACACUGAUUUUUUCAUUGUGAAUUCAACCAUGCGAGGGUUAUAGUUGCAUUUUCUAGAUCGAUUAUAUUUUUUAACAAAUUAUCAAAUUGAGUAUUUCCUUGAGGUAACGCUUCACUGAGAUAAAGAUAUAGGUUUAUUGAAUCAAUAAUUUUUAAAACAAUUCAUAAUAUAAGAAAAAAGUAAUAUCACUACAUAUCUAGUUAUUUGAUAAUCGAUAUAUUUCCUAAAUUCAAACUAUUUUUGAUUUGAUUGUCGUUCAUCGGACUUCACCUAAAACUUUCUACACAUAUUAGAAAUUUUUCAGCCUAUUUAUAUUGAUUCUGUAUUGAGAAUUUUUUAAAAGAUGUUGUAUAUUAAUUGUGAUGUCCUCAAAGGAAAAAAUUGGACGCGAAAUUUAAAUAAAUUUGAUUUUGUAUAAAUGAUGAGGGUGAAAUUUAUGCAAAGUCAGAGACAAUCAUAGAACUGCAACCUAAUAGAUAUACACUAAGGAACAAAUCUUAUGUUAGUUGUAGAAGCUGUAAGAGCGCAACAGUUUAAAUGCGCUUGCUAUCACUGUUGAAGUUCAAAUUUAUAUGGAUUAGACAAAAGCGAGAAAUGCUUUAAAGCGAUGUGAACUUUAAACUAAAUGGGGUGAUAGAGGAACAUAUCAUUUAUAUUUUCGAUUAAAUGAGCCAAAAUGUAUAUAGAGUAUUUGCAUUUAGGAAAAUUGUUGACUGUGAAGAAAUUUGGAAUUCGAAUUUUAUAUCUUAGCAAGGUUUUCAUUGCUCAUCUUCUGAAUACUCCAACUUUUUAUGAUGAAUAGAAAGUUUUAUCGAUUGUUUCAAAAUGGCAACUAGCUCUUGAUUCACACCAGUUUGCACCACACUAAAACCGUGAAGUAGCUCAAUUCGAGAUAAAACAAAUUGGUAUUUCAGAAACCUCGUUCCUGAUAUACAGUGCGUUUUCUGAAAUUUCUCAAAUGUUGGUCUCACCUAGUUUAUCCACGAAAAAUUGAAUUAUUUAUUGGUCCCAAGACUUCGAAUCAAAUGUUGUUAUUGCAAUUGAGUUUGAAACUAAAUAUUACUCGAUUUGUUUUAGUCCUUUCAUUUUUGAACUUUAUUGUAU